AUGAAUUGUUGUCUUAAUAUCACAAUUUAUAUGGGAGUGAACGGCAAAGCGUUACGUUUGAGAACAAAUAUGGAAGCGUCGAGACCUCCGAUGCGGACAAAUGUCUUGCGAACGACUUUCCAAUACUUACUAACAUAUGAACCAUUCUUCCGGUGCCGACACGAAUGCAUCGACUCAGUUGCUGAAGAAGUGCCGGAUAUAAGUGAUGAAGACGUCGAUAGAGUCGGAGCGAAACGGAAGUGCUGUGACGUCCCAUUGAUUCACGUCUGUGAGAGACUUGUUAUGGCGACAAUUGGUUUGUGUCCGCUCGACAGCCACGGGAUGAUUGUCGGCAGCGAUGCCAAAGGUUUGCCAAUUGUGAGCGCACUCCACAGGUAUGGCUCCGGAGCCACACAUCGGGUCGCAUACGAUGUCUCCCAACUGAACGACGACUUCGAUAUCAAACUCUUUCAUCGAGACUUUCCAGUGAUAAGUAUCGUUAAUAAUGGCGCCCAAAAUGACCGCACAUUCGUGCCUCGACUCCAAUCACAAGCGGUUGAAAUACUUGUCAACUUUUGGCUCAAUUCUUCAGCAUUUUUGGGCACCUCUUCGCUCGCGUUGUCAUUUCAAAUCAAACACCUGUUGAACGGGUCGAUCGGUUUCAAUGAAGACCCGGCCGUGACUUUGUGUCACUUUCUUUGUGGCCAACUUCUCAACGCAUUCUUCGGCUGCGAUCCACUCCAGACCAGUCACUACUGUCGCCUCGUAUGUCGUCAACUCUGGCAUCGCUGCCAUCGCUAUCACCUGCGGGAAGUGUUGAUCGCAUUCUUGGCUGAGUUGGAGAACGACACCAUCGGUGGUGAGACCAACGCCGGCGCCACCACUGCCUCCACAGCGCCGUACGGUUGCGAUCACAAUGUCUUCAAAGCGAUUCUUAAGCCAUUGGAAUGCGUUUUGAUUCAAUUGCCGACGAAGAGGAAUGAGACACUCAAAUGGGUUCUGUCGACACUCAACGCCCACAUCAGCCGACUAUCGGUCGACACCAUCGAUGACUAUCAGUUCGAAGGCGAAGAGAAACAGUUCAUCGACAACGACGUGAACGCCAAGCAAAUCAAUAACGUUUUGCCGCUUUAUAUCUCAUUCAUUCAGACGUUUGUCAAUGAAGUGGAUGUCACCAAACGGCUGGCCGACGGACCGUCAGCUCCGCUCACGAACGGCAACUGCAAGACAUCCGAUCCGCACAUCCAGAGGACGAUUCUGUUGAAAGCGUUGCUCCGACUCCUCGACCAUCCGUUACUCCAUUUGGAUCUGUCGGAGGAGACGAACGGCGAGUCCCGCGAACUGGCCGUACAAGUGGUGAAACUGAUCUCUCGCUUGCAGUCAAACUAUUACGUGCUCUUCGAGCGAAUCGAUUUGAUCACAUCCAACAAAAAGCUCAAAAACAGUGACAACUCGGACAUCGAGCUGUCGAAGGAUGUGUUCGUGUCAGCGAUGGCCAACUUGUCAUAUCUGGUCCACAGCGAGAGUAUAGGCCUUUGCGGCACUAACUUUGUUCCCUGUAUUUACACUCAUGUCUACGUCUUCGGCGUUCACCUCCAGUUCAUUGAUGUGCUCUUAAAGUCCAGCGUUUGUCUCAUUUACGAAAAGGGCUUAUAUUUGGCGCAACAGUUGUUAUCGCAGAUCAACGACUGCGAACUCGAGGCACACUUCUUGGAUUUGAUCCGUUCGAUACCCAUCGAGAAGUCACUGAUCAAUAUAAUGGUCUAUUCGAGUGUUGAAAGUCAUCGCAAACGAGCUUUAAAUAUAUUCAGACGUCUGAUCGUGUCGUUUGACAGCAGCGGUCGCUACAAGAUAUUGCUAUCCAUAUUAUCACAACCGCAGCAACACUCGGGUCUCCAGGGGCUGGUCAUCGGUAUCUAUAAAGACUUUAUGUUCACAUCAGAGCUAUUCCUCGGCCAUCAGUUGCAGCGAAUGAUGAAAUUGGCGAUCAAGUCCUCACUGCCCGAAGGGGUGGCCACCGAUCUCUUGGAACAAAACGACACAAUAUUUGCCACUUUGAAUAUCGUUCGGUACGUCUGUAUUAAAGACAAUAAAACCAAAAACGAGACCAAACUCUGGGAUAUAAUGCCUUUCGUGAAGGACCAGCUCCUGAGACCACUACACAAAGCACUUGACUUAUCCCGCGCUCACUAUAAGCUUGAAUUAUGCAAACUCAAGGAACAGAAGACCGGCGGCUCGUCCUCUGCCCGCAAGAAGUCGGGGCCGAAGGUUGAGGUGAGAAUCGGUGGCCAAAAGAACGGUCAGAUUCCAAACCUUCCCGUCGAUCACAAACACAAAAUCGUUUUACUCGCGCUCCAGAACUUUGAUUUGAUUGAAAUGGCCAAAACAUUGAGCGCCGGGUCUAAUACGUUGAAGUCUGCGUCCGCACCGAAGGCCAGCGUUCCCUUCCGGUCCUCAAUGCCCAACACCUGCGCCGCGUGUAGUGUCGCGCACUCUAUGGCCUCAACGGUCGUACAGCCCGUCACUUGUCUCGAGCGCCGCUAUCGAACCGCACAGAGUGUUUGUGCCGGCGAUGAACGCCUUAGUCUUGUCCUUAAUCUCGAUCUCUUGAACGCCGAUCUUGUGUUUACCCGACUCGAGUCCGGCCGCGGAGAUGGCGUCCGACACCAACACCAUUCCCGUCGGAUUGGAUUUGAAGGCAAUCUUCAGCGCCGCGUAAUGCGUGUGAAUUCCGUCGGCGAUAAUGCCGUAAAACACCUGUUUGUUGAGCGCCGACGACUGGGUUAUGAAUGUGGCCCCGGAAUUGAUGGCCCGCUCGCCCUCUUGCAGAGUGGCCGUCGAGUGACCCACCGAUACAGUGAUACCCGCGUCCACCAGUUGUCGCACAUAAUCGCCGGUCGGAUCCAAUUCCGGUGCCAGCUAUUUAUACGUCCGUUUGAUUGUCUCAAACGAGUCGAUGGACUUAAUGUACUCAAGAGGAUGGGCGCCCUUCUUGUCCCGACUGAUGAACGGGCCCUCGACGUGAGCGCCCAAAUUGGUCGCACCGAACGCCUUACUGCCCGCUGUUCUCUCGAUUUGGGGCAAGUGACUUACGAGUGUUGGACAGAAAGCGGUCACUCCAUGCCUGACGAGUCCGGACGCUGUCUUAUGAAUGGCUUCUUUGAUAUCGAUAUCACAAUUGGAGAAAUCGUAACCGAAAUGACCUGA